AGGCUUUUUUGAACUCUGGUGUUGGAGAUAAACUUAUCAGCGGCUCACAGAGACACGUCUCUGCACGUGAAGAUUCUAACGAUCAGACACUCGUCCACUUCCUCUCAGUGUGACGACCCGGAGACGACUGCGGGAUCUCCUGAGAGAAACGGCACAAAACUACCAGCGAGCGUUAAACACGUGACUGGAGUCAAUAACGGACCGGAGGUUCGUGUCGAUUCCCUGAUCGUGGCGUCUCACGUCAGGUGUCUGUGAAACAAACAUCCGGCUUCAGCCUGAUGAGACGAAAACAUCUGUUUGUUUCUGCAUGAAGACUGAAAACAGGAUGAUCUCAGGUGUCUCCAUAGCUGUGAUUCUCCUCCUUGUGAGAGACGUCUGGUCGUCGUGCAGCCACUCAACCUCGCCAUCAUCAGGUGUGAGCGUGAACUGCAGCUCUCAGGAUCUCCACAUAAUUCCUGACAGUAUUCCACCAAACACCACUGAGCUUUAUCUACAGCACAACCUCCUGCUCACGGUUCCUCCGGGGCUCUUCGACUCGUUUCUGAAGCUUCGUGUGGUGAAUCUGUCUGAGAAUCCCUUCCACUGUGGAUGUAACAUCCAGUACCUUAGAGCCUGGCUCCUGAAGAACCGAGCCGUGAACACAGCGAGUCCUACGUGUUCCUUGCCGCCGUCUCUGGCACACAGAACCAUCACCGGUCUCAGUGAGACCGAGUUCUCGUCCUGUGUGAGGAACUGUUGCUCCGCUGCAGGUUAUAACCUGGUGUUAGCGUUCCUGCUGUGUGGAGUCCUGGGCUUGUUGCUGUGGAGUCUCUUCCUGGCCAAAGAUCUGUCAUUCACUCUGGGCAUCGGGGAGAAGCACGGCAGCCUGAGGGCCGAGUCUCUGCGCUCGCUCAAACCCAAACACAGAGCCAAAGUGAAGAACAUGACUCUGGAGACGCCGCUGUUAGACAUGGACAUCCUGCCGCAGAUCAUCGACACGCUGCACAAACGCCACAACAUCAAGCUUAAAGAGAUCUGAUGAACACGUUUAAGCGUCACGUAUCUGACGUGUGGAAUAUUCAGAAUAACACUUUUACACACCGACGCUUUCUGGGCUUUUCAUUUUUUGACCUUUCUUUGUUUUUCCCCUUCAGUGUUAAGCACAUGAACACUUCAGUUUUACACAAGACUCAUCAGUUCCUGACUCAACACCUACACGAUCUCAGUGGAACUUUACACUAACUCAUUUACAUCCUAUUUUUAAUGACUGCUUUAAACUGUUUGUUUCAUGUUUUACUCCAUUUACAGAAAACUCAGACCAGUUACUUUUUCUCUUUUCAUAUUUUAAUCACUAACAUUUCUAUUUAACACUUUUUUUUAAAUGAGUUUCAUAUUUUUUUCAUUAAAAUAUUGCAUGUGAACUUUUUAUUUAAAGCCUUUUAUAUCGUUGACUUCCUUUGAUUUUACAGUCAUUACUCCCAGUUACUUUUCCUCUCGUUUACUUUAUUAUAUCUUUCCUUCUAUGCACUAACAUUUAUAACACUUAACACUUCAGUGUAAACUUAUUUCUGUCAAUAACACAUUUAAUGUACUUUUUUUUAAAUUUAUUAUUCUACAUAUUUUUUGAGUGAAUUCAUCAAAAGUCCUUUAAUAGAUAAUUCUCCAGCAGCUAAACCACCGAUCAGAUGAAGGGACGGUGUUUAGUUACUGAGUGUUGAUGUAUUUGUUGGUUAACGAGACAAACUGCAGUGUUUCCCUUCAUCCUGGUGUCAGUGACGAUAAUAAAUGACCAGCGUCAGUCUCCCGAUCCUCCUCCAGCUUUAUUGAUAGUUUAAAAUUACAUUUUCUUAUGUUUAAAGGACUUCAGCUGCAACUUUCCCUUCUGACUUAAAAACAGAUUACAAGCAAAAUGAUUUUUAUACAGUAGUCCAAGUGAUAGUGUACAAAAAUAAUAUUUGAUUUCUGUGAAAACAUUCUCCUUUUGCAAAUUAGUGAAAUCCACACAAGCUUGUUGGUCUCGGUGAUUUACGAUACAAAUGACCGUUUGUUUGGAAGCUUUAGGCGUUUAUGAGCAAAAUAAUAAUCAGAAUUUAUAAUAAAGUAAAAGAAAAAUGAGAGAA